AUGAAUUAAUUGUUAAAUAAUUUAAAGUUUCAUAAGCCAUUAUUUAAGUUGAAUACAGCAUAGAUUGAAAUACUAAAAGACCCUGUAGACUUUUAUGUAAAUUUACAUAAAGGAAUAAAAAGUGCUUAAAAAAGAAUAGUAUGGAGUACAUUAUAUAUUGGAAAUGGAAAUAUGGAAGAAUUUUUAAUAGAGAGUUUAUCAAAUUAAUAAAGGAGAUUUGAAUAGUUAAGGAUAUCUUUAUUAAUGGAUUAUUAUAGAGGGACUAGAAGAGAUAAGAAAGAUCAUACAACACCAAUAGAUCAUUAUCUUUAUUUGAGAAUGCAAAAUUUAUUAGCAAAUAAUAUGAAACUUGGAUUAAUGAGACAUCCUUAUCUUCCUUAAUUUGCUAAUAUGUUUGAAGAAACUGCAGCAAGAGAGAUAUUUAAUGUUCAUCAUAUGAAAUGGUAUAUCUUUGAUAACAAAGUAAUUUUGACCGGAGGUAAUUUAAUAUUUAAAUAUAAUAGCAAAUUUAUAAGAGUAAUACUUUAUAAAUAGAUAAGAUAGAUAUAUGGUAUUUCAUGAGGCAAAUGAGAUAGCUGAUUAUUUAGAUGAUGCACAAUCAGCAUUGCUUUAACAUGCAUAUUAUGUAGAUUUUGAUUCCAAUUAAAAAUUUGAUCCUUUAAGAGCUUAACCUUUUAAGAAAUAAUAGUAUUUUAAAGAAUUUCAUCAAACUUGGAAAAUAUUCAAAUUUAGUUACAAAGAAGCAGCAGAGAUUAAAAGUGAUGAUGAGGACUAUUAAGAAUAACAAUAAGAAGAUGAAUAAUAAAAAUAAGAAGAAAAUAAUGAAGAAAAGUAAGAAUAAGAAGAACAACUAUCUUAAGAAGAGAUGCUUUAAUUUUAUGAAAGAGAUUUAAUUGUAGAACAAAAGAUUUAAGAAAGAAAAGAAUAAGCAAAAUUAAUGUAUAAAAAGUAUUAAUAAUAGUGAAGAUUAAAUAAAAGUUUUAAUAAAGGAGAUGUUCAAAAUAUUAUUAAUAGAUUAGAAAAGGCUCUUUAUUAAGAUCAGGAGAGAGAAUUAGAUGAAGGAGAAGAAUGUACUAUACUUAUUACUCUUCAUAUUCCAUAUUUAUAAACUGAUGAAGACAAAUUAGUAUUUACUAAAAUUCUUGAACAUUUAGAUUAAUUUACUUGUAUAAAAUAAUAUUAUUUUAAGCCGUGACUUGGGCAUCUGGAUAUAUGAAUUUUACUAAAACAAUAAGAAAUUAUGUCAAUAAUACUAAAACUGAUAUUAAAUUCAUUACUGCAAGUCCAAAUGCUAAUGGAUUUCAUAAAGCUGGAAAAGCUAAAUCUUUUAUUCCCUAUUUAUAUCGUUAUUUUGAAUUAUCCAUUGAUAAACCAAUAUUUGAAUAUAAACGAAAUGGUUGGACUUUUCACACUAAAGGAUUUUGGGCAACUCUUUAAGAUCAUUCUACUAUGACUAUUAUUGGAAGUUCAAAUUAUGCUGAAAGAUCAGAAAAAAGAGAUAAUGAAAUUUAAGCAUAUAUUUUCACUCAAUGUCCUAUGUUUAAAUAAGAUUUAAAAAAAGAAUAGGAUUAAUUAUUAAAUUAUUCUGAAUAAAUAACUAAAGAACAAAUAAUUAAUGAUUCAGAAAUUAAAAUCAAUUGGAAAAUUAAGUUUUUGUCAAAAAUUUUUAAAUCAAUGAUGUGA